CCCCGCGGUGCGCCCGCGGACCGUGGCCGGAGGCGGCGCCGGCGGUGUGGCGCACUGCAAAAGCGGCAAGAGCGUCUGCACGUCGGUGUGGGCGGCGCCGGGCAGCCCCAUCGCGCUGCCAGACACGCGGGAGCAGUUCCUGAUCUGGCUGGACAGCACGUUCGCGGCGCCAGACGGCGCGGCGGGCGGCCUGGGCGGCGGCACCGGCUUCAGAGAAGAGGCGCAGCGGCGGCGGCAGCGCAAGGCGGCGUUCGAGGAGCAGUGGGGGUGCGGCGGCGGCGGCGGCGGGGGCGGGGGCGAGGGCGGCGCGUGUGGCGGAGAUGCGCGGGGGCUGCAGCGGCUGCUGUGCCGGCCGCUGUAUCAUUUGUGGCAGGAUUCACCCGACGCCUUUGACCGGCAAGGCAACGCGCGCUGGUCCCCGGCCGUGAGCGAGUACCGGGAGGCCAAGGGGCGCUACGCGCUGCACAGCGCCGCGCGGCCGCUGCUGCAGUGCGAGCCGCCCGCCCAGGCGCCAGAGCUGGCGGCGGGGACCACCCAGGUGCUGACGACAGGCUGCCUGGCCCCAGAGCUCGCCGCCACCCAGGCGCUUGCCCUGGAGCGCCCCACCACUGCAGAGCGCCAGCAGGGCCGCUGCCCGCUCACCGUGCUGCAGCCCCGGCCGGACCCGGGGACGGCCGUCUGGAGAGAUGCGCUCGGCGGCAGCGCGAGCGGCGGGAGGGCGGCAGCCGCGGCCUUGGCGGCUGGGGGCCGAGCGCCGCAGGAAAGGGCCGCCUCGCAGUCAGAGUCUGGGGACGGCAGGGGGCAGCCGGCGGCGGACGGCGUGGGGGCCGGCGGCCCCGGGGCGAGGGGCAGCAGGGGCGUGACGAUCGCAGACGCGCCGGCGGCUGAGGGGCUGCUGCAGCAGCAGGACGGCGGGAUCAGCCUGAAGAUCGCGCUGUCCCCGCAGCGCCCCCGGACGCUGGUCGCGUUUGACGACCGCAUCUUCACCACAGACAGCUCUGGGGCGCGCCCCGUGCUGACGCUGUUUGAGCACGUCGAGGGGGCCAAGGUCAGCGAGGGGCUGUUCACAGAGUACAUGCUGCCAAACGGCCGCAAGGUGUUCAUGUACUGCGCAGGCGGCUCCGUGAUGGACGAGGCGGAGAUCGGCCCCGUGAGGCCCCCGCCGCGCCCCACCACCGUGCCGCUGGCGCUGCAGCAGUCCAUGCCCCUGGCCGAGGUCCUGGAUGUCAUCGCACGGCCGCCAGGAAGCGCGCCCCCCUACGUGCCGCAGAAGGUGGUGCCGCGCCUGGUGCCGCUGCCGCCGCGCCACACGCUGCCCGUCAAGCGGCGCGACCGGCUGGACGCCCCCGCGUUUGGCGCGCUGCGGGAGGACAACCUGCAGCUGGUGUUCACCGCAAACCCCAUCCUGAAGACCACGUCCACCACCACGGAGGAGGACGUGUACGUGCCCCAAAAAGAGGAGCGCGAGCCCUGGACCCUGCCCAUGAGCAUCUUCAAGGGCCGGUCAAAGGAGGCCGACGCGCGCGCCUACUACGACGGCGCCGCGACCCUGGACAAGAUGUUUGAGCGCGACUGGGGCCGCGCAUGCGCCAAGGAGAAGUUCAUGUCGAUGCUGGCCCGCGAGAACAGGGCCUGCGCGGCCAACAAGCCUGACAAGGCGGCGCUGGCCGAGGUGCACGCAGUGCUCAAGCGCCACUACCAGACGUUCCUGGCGGCGUUCACGUACUAUGCGGCCCAGGGCGGCAACGACCCCUACCACAUGCCCCUCAACGCCUUCACCUCAUUCCUGGACGACGCCGCCAUCCCCGACCCGGACUCGGCCUUCAUCAAGCGGUCUGACUGCGACACCAUCUUCAUCGUCGCGAACUUUGUCAGCGAUAAGAAGAGCCCCGAGUACUCUGUCCUGGAUGAGCAUGCGUCCAUGCGGUUCCAAUUCAUGGAGGCCAUCGUUAGGCUGGCCAUUGCCAAGUACGGCAAGGGCCAGGAGACGGACGACCUCGCCACGGCGGUGGAGCUGCUGCUGGAGCGCAACCUGGCGGCACGGCUGGACCCCAUGGCGCGCUGCGUGGCCAACGACUUCAGGACGGAGCGGCUGUACACGGAAGAGGUCGACAUGCUGCUCAAGAAACACCAGGUGGUGCUCAAGGCGCUUUACAGCCGCUACCGCCUGAAACCAACAGGCGGCGGCCUGCGGCCAAAGGUGCUGAAGCUGGACGGGUGGCUGGCGUUGAUGGGUGAUGCGCGGCUGGUGGACUCCCAGUUCACACUGAGUGACGCGUGCCUGGCCUUCCUGUGGGCCCGCAUGCACGUGAUUGACGAGGUCAAGGAUUACGGCCGGUGA